CCUGCGCUGGCCCAGGCGUCGCCAGACGAGGCCAUCAUGCCGCUGCGCUCCCGGCUGUACAAUGUGCUCUUCCGCCGCACCUCCACCUUCGCCCUCACCAUCGUGCUGGGGGCCCUCGUCUUCGAACGCGCCUUCGACCAGGGCGCGGACGCGUUCUACGAGCGUCUCAACCACGGGAAACUGUGGAAACACAUCAAGCACAAGUAUGAGACACAAGAAAAGUGAAGUGAGAGCUACAGGAGCCAUGCCGGGGUGCCUGUAUCCCCUUGUGUAAACUCUUCAAUUGCCUGAUACCAAUUACCAAGAAUGAAAAUGGGCUUCUGACUGAAGAAAUCUGAGCCAGAGAGAGCACAUCACCAACUUCAUCUGUGGCAGAAACCUUGAUGGAUUUACUCCUGCUGUGUUAAAACAUUCUGUUAAACUAAUAAACUCACUAACCCAUA